AUGGAGCAUUCGAUGCGUUACGACGGCUAUGCGACGUUCGUCGAGGGCCACUCGCGGUUCACGUACGCGCUAGUGGAUGGUGCCCCUUACUUAAUGACAAACGACAGCUCGUCGGAUGCCCCCACCGUUGAUUGUAUUCCUCCCAGCACACUUCCGUUUGAUGCUAUCCUCCCUGCGGUAAACGAUGCAACACCCAUUCCAAGUGCCUCAAUUGGUAGCGUUCCAAUCGAGUGCGAGAGUGGGAACCUAUUCAAGACUUCGUUUGCGGGGAUUCACUACGCAAUCUGUGUAUCAGAUGACUCUGGCUUCACUGCGAUUGCUAGCGAUGUGACUAUUGACGUGGAUUAUCUCGACGCUCCUGUGAGUAUCCCACAGAUAAAACUGGAGGACGGAUCGACGUGCGGUGUCUUAGCAGAGCCCACAGAAAUGACGGCUACAGCACUCGCGCUGUUAAGUGGAGACGAACUCCCCGUCAAUGAUCGAAGAAAGCUCAAAACAGAGUCCCACAUGGCAAUUCAGUCGACUUGUUCGUGUAAAUCGACCCCUCGUCCGUGUAUCUUCUACCACGGUUUGGGGAAUGAGAAGGACGAACCGACCGUGCAAGACUCUUCUCGUCACUUUGGCUGGGAUAUCAUCAACGACCACGCUCCGUGUUGUACUACGAUCAAGUAUGCGGCACUGAACACAGUCGACUUCGCGUGGACCGACGGUUCCCUCCAAAAGAAAGUCUGUGACCGCGCGCUGUCCAUGUCACCAAGUUCUGACUUGGGUUCGAAUAAAAUUAAAGACACGAUCGUAGUGACCCACUCCAUGGGCGGACUGAUCUCGACGUGGAUCGGACUGAGUCCUCCAAUGACCGGCAGUAUGUCGUCCGAUUAUCUCAUGGACUUCUGCAACGGGGAGGUUCGUAACCUCAUGUCGGACUUGCUGUUCGACGGGAGAUCACGAUGA